UAAUCGUCCAGAUCCUCUUAAAUAACGGAAUUAAAAAAGUGUACAAAAAGUGGGUUAAUUUUCAUGUUGCUGUCAAGGUGACAAUUGAAAAGUUAUUGCGAGAAUAUGCCAAAACUAGUUAUAGUCAGACUCGAACCGGAAGACAACAGCAUAAGGAAUUGGGGGUGCAUAAAUUGUUGGAAAUUCGUGGCUGUUUUUGCUUUAGCGAUCCUACUACUACCGAACGACCAAGAAUUUCAAGUGAUUCUCCACUCCUCACUGAUGCCAUUAGGUUUAAUUUCCAUCAAUGGAAUGUAUGCAUGUUUCGAAUGAACAUUAAAAUAUUGCACGCAGCACUGCAUACGGCAACUUUGGGUAUAAUAGGAUUUGGUUUAUAUGAAGUAUGGGAGUACCACUCCUCCAAAAGCAUCGAGCACCUAGUUUCUCUACAUAGUCAAAUUGGAGCAUUAACUGUUGGUCUAUUCUGUGCUCAGUACCUCAUGGGCUUGAUGUCGUUCAUCGGUCUUUUGGCUUGUGAGAAUGUGACAGAUACUGCUAGAGCUGACUUUAUUCCUAUUCAUGCAGCAGUGGGGCGUAUGAUAUUUUUACUGGCCAUUGCGAGUUGUAUCACGGGAAUAUCGCAAAAAAUUUUUACUCUAGAUGCCAAAACUAGGGAUGAUAAGCUUAGUCUGGCGUCUACGUGCGCUGGCGCUGUAAUUGCACUAGGAAUUGUUUCUAUGUACAUUCUUACAACCGAACGGUUACGUUAUAAGGCACAUAUUCUGAGCAAUACAUCAGAGGAAUAA